AUGUCCCUCCAGACUUCCCCCAAAAAGAAUAUUUUGAUUCUUGGCGGGUCCUACGGCGGCAUCUCUACUGCGCAUUACUUGCUCAAAAAUGUUAUCCCAAAUUUAUCCGGGGCAAGUCAAUAUGAGGUGAUCUUGGUGAGUGCUUCGUCGCAGGCCUUGUGUCGUCAAGCUUGUCCUCGAGCUUUAAUCUCAGAUGAUUUUUUCCCCCAAGAAAAGCUUUUCGUCGACAUACCCCCAAUGUUCAACCAAUACCCCGAUGAUCGCUUUCGAUUUCUCCACGGAACAGUCGCCGCUGUGAAUCAUACAAAAAGAGUGGCAUCCAUUAAAUUGCCUUCCGGACAAAGGGAAGAAAUUGAAUAUCAUGUCCUUAUUAUUGCCACGGGGGCUUCUACUCCAUCUCCAGCCCUCGGUCUCAACAAUGAUGUCCCGCAACUUCGCAGUAGCUGGGCUGCCAUACGAAAAGCACUCCCUACCGCAAAAAGCAUCGUGAUAGCAGGCGGUGGCCCCGCGGGAGUAGAGACAGCUGGGGAGCUCGGAGAGUAUUUGAAUGGACUUCCUCGAUGGGUUAGCUUGAGGUCGAACCCGCCCAAAGUUGACAUUAAAAUCGUUACUUCGACGCCGAACAUUUUGCCAGUACUCCGUUCGGAAAUCGCUCAAGCGGCUGAGAAAUAUUUGGCCAACGUUGGAGUGACUGUUAUCAAGAAUGUUCGGGUGAAGAAGGUCGAGCCCUUAAAUUCAGACGAGGACAAGAACGACCAAAUUGCGGCUCCUACGACGGUGACAUUGGAUAAUGGACAAAUCCUUGAAACAGACCUGUAUAUCCCUGCUACAGGCACCACACCCAAUACCGGAUUUCUUGACGAGAUACUUCUUGCCCCGGACGGACGAGUUGAGACGAACAAGUCAACGUUGCGGGUCGAAAAAGCAGGAAUGAGGGUGUACGCUAUUGGUGACGCUGCGUCUUUUGCCCGCCCGACAGUGCAUAGUAUCUUCAAAGCAGUGCCAAUUCUCUGUGCCAACAUCAAGCGGGAUCUGCUGCUCUCUGAUGGAGCCACUGAAGCCGAAGCUGGCGAAGAUUGCGUUUUCACGGAAGAUACACGCGAGGCGCAGUUGGUGCCGAUCGGCCGGUCCAAAGGUGUUGGAGCUGUGAUGGGCUACAGGCUCCCAAGUUUCUUGAUUUGGCUUAUUAAGGGCCGUGACUAUUUUUUGUGGACAACAGGGAAGUUAUGGAGCGGCGAACAAUGGACGAAAUAG